CGCGCGGCGCCGCGCCGUCCGCGGCCGCCGCCCGCCCCCCGUCGCAGCCCGCAUGUAAACAGUCGGCGCCGGUGCUAGCCGCGGGAGCCGGGGGGGAGCCCGCGCCGUGCGGCCGGCCGGGAGCAGGCGCCGAGAGCGAUGGAUUUCCAGCAGCUGGCGGACGCUGCGGAGAAAUGGUGCUCGCACACGCCCUUCGAGCUCAUCGCCACCGAGGACACCGAACGCAGGAUGGAUUUCUACGCCGACCCCGGCGUCUCUUUCUACGUGCUCUGCCCGGACAACGGCUGCGGAGACAAUUUUCACGUGUGGAGUGAGAGCGAGGACUGCCUGCCUUUCCUGCAGCUGGCGCAGGACUACAUCUCCUCCUGCGGCAAGAAGACGCUGCACGAAGUCCUGGAGAAAGUCUUCACGGCCUUCAGACCUCUGCUGGGGCUCCCGGAUGCAGAGGACGAUGCGUUCGAGGAGUACGGCGCGGACGUGGAAGAGGAGGAGCCAGAGGCAGACCACGCCCAGAUGGGCGUCAGUCAGCAGUAACCCGCAGGGCUGGCAAGGAGGAGGAGAGUGAGCCCGUGGGGCCCCGGGUGGGGUCGCGUGCACCCCGAAACAGGACUCCCGGCGCCCCGUAUCCCGAUGACAAUGAAAUACCUUCUUAACGACCGCCAGAUAUCUGUGAUGAGCUUGGCUCAGAAGUGACCUGCGCGUCAGCCCUGCCGCAGCCGGGUUUCCACGGAGUUGUCUUGGCCGCUUUUGCCGUUUUGAGUUCAGAGUCCGUCGCGGCCGGCUGUCCUCUCCUGGGUUUGCGUUGGGGACGUCGCCUUGGCCGACGCAGGGAACUCCUAAUGUAGGAAGGCUGCGCAGGCUGCGCCUGGAGUUCUCCCCCGGGGCCCUCCUGGGGCACAGCAUGGCAGAGGGGGAUGCAGUCUGCACUUUCAGUGUACGUUGUAAGUGUCCGUAAGUGAAGGUUUUGCUCCUAAAAAAGCAUGAGUUUGAGUAUCUGGUCAUGAAACUGCAAAUGCAAGGGUGCGAACAGGAUAAUCGCUUAGCUUGGGACUGCGAGGGGGAGGGGGCAGAGAAGCCUUGGAGCGUUUGCCAUUGUUGAGUUCGCGGAGUGUGCGUGUGGCAGCUGGUGCAUAGUUAGGGAGCAGUGCUGCUUGCGUGUUCUGUUGUUUCCAGACCUGCUAAGUCCAAAGCCACUGUGAAAGUCUAGUGGAGGGGACCAUGGAGAGGGCGAGAGGCGUACACUGCUGACUUCUUUAGAACGCUGUGCAGUGGGCCAUUUACCUAUUCUCUUAGAAUGAGAUGGCAACUUCCAAAUCAUGAAAACACGCAGAAUCCAAGUAAGUGCCACUUAAACUUUGAAGCCAUAGAAAAAUUUAGUAAGAAAAUAAACCAGGAGAGAAAGUUUUUCAAAAGAUGAUAGCAUCAUCCUACGCUUUCUUGAUCUUGUAUUCUUUUUUUUUUUUUUUUUUAAGAAAAAAAAGUCAAGAACAGGAUUCCAUUGUGUAACUUAUUAAACUGCAAUUCAGUGCGAUGAGAGGCCUAACUGCAGGGAGCUGUAAUGGGACACAAAAGUAGGCAUGUGUGUCAUGGGUUCGCUUGGAGGGGUGUUGGAAUGAACAGGACACUCAGAUAAUGCAGAAGCAACCGCAGUCAUAGCUGAAAACGCUGGUGGCCCCCUGUGGCCGACCCGUGCUUCCUGGGGAAUGCCUUUGUCAUGUUUCAUGGGAGUCCUUGAAGCACUCCUCCUCUGGACUCUUCCGCUUCUCCGAUCCCAAGAACUUAGCUUGCAGGAUGCACCUGCCUCCACUUGGCACCUAGGUAAACACACACACACACACGCCUGGCAGGUUGUCAGAGUUCUGAGUUAAAAACACAUCCCCAGCAACAGAGGCCACAGAGCUUAGCAGAGUCUUGCUUCUCUUGCAGACACAGCCAUGGGAACCCAAGUGGCCCAGCAGUUUCUGUUGAAUUGAUUGGGCUGCAGUUUGAAGUCCCUGGGAAAAAUAAUUCAGUGGUUGCCAUCCAUGUUUCAGUACCAGUGCGGUUUUUCUUUUCUUGGGAAAACAUAAUCAAGGUUCAUUUCCGGUCCAGUGAAUUUCCUUCCAAGUAGCCCAUCAGCAAAGCAGUGGACUUAGCGUUUCAUGUGCUAGGGUGAGCGUGGCCCGCCCUUCACCGCCCACCUGUGUUCUGACCAGCUCGGGUCACGAGCAGAGGUCACGGGGAGCUGUGGGUUACAUAGGUGCCGCCCAGGCAUGGAGACCCCCCCACCUGAGCAUAGCAGAACACAAGGAUGACUUCUGUGGCGGAAAUGUAGAAACUUGGCUUAGCUUGCACCAUUUGCAGGUCAGCUGGAGUCGCAUCCGGAGGCAUAGCUCUAGAUUGACUUGGGUUUGGGAGUGGAAUGGAUGUUCCUGUAAAAUGUAUUCUGUCACAGAAGUGUUUAGACUUUAACCAAAUGCAUUUUGCUAUCAUCAUGUUAAUAUUCCUCUUUUGAUGAGAACUGAGCUGAGACAGAGCGAGCUAUUCUGUGGGCUGAUGUGAAUCCUGGUCUUUGUUCUGCCCCAGGCACAGGCGAUGGAGAAAAUCCCUGUAUGUGACUGAUUUCCCGUGGCAAAACCCCAAAGGCUUUAGCAAAUCAGAUUGCUCCCUCUAAAGCUCUGUUUCUGUGGCUGUGUGCACAUCCCUGUGACCGUUCACACACACACACACACACACGUGCACGCGUGUGCUCUCCUGCCUCACCGUGGCUGCUCUUAGUGUGGCGCAGAGUGGCCCUGUGCAGUGCUACCUGUGGCCGAUCCAUGAGGCCGGGCAGCCCGUAUUGUUUGUCACGGAAGUGGUUCCGUGGUGAGGCAGCGGCGUGAGCUUUCUUAGGAGGGGGCAGUGAGGUGUUGGGUGGAACACGGGCCUGGGACUAGGAGGCCGCUGGGUUCCAGUCCUGACUCUGCUGUUGAUUGUAUGGCCGUGGAGAGUCCCAUUUAGCUGCUCUGUGAAGCAGGGGGUGUUGGCCCUGCCAGCUGUCAGCACCCUCCCUUCUGUCCCUGCCUUUUGCUGUGUGGCCCCGGGAGCAGCACUCAAGGCAUCUUAGGGAGAGGAGAAGGGAACCCAUUUGGAAGCUGGCCAGGAUGUGGUCCUUAGGAUGCUAGCCGUGGACUGCUAGCCAUGUGCAGCCUGUGACUGUCCCCACCUGCGGGGCCGAGGACACUCUGUUCCCGCGGGGAGAGGGCAGAGCCAGGCUCCAGGAGGCGUUGCCUAUCUCAGCUGUGCAUGCUUCUCUUUGUGUCCUGACACUGGGGCUCUGCAAGGGGAACGCAUUGAACUUCACUGAGAGCGAGGUUUGCAUGAAGAAAAGCUGUGGAGUGACAGGCAAGUGCUUUGCUGUUUUGUGUUUUUUUCUCCCCAUGUCGUCCAGUGGAGAGAAAGUGACAGCGCAAGUAAGAGAGUGAAUGAAAGAGAGAGAGUGUGUGUGUGUGUGUGUGCAUGUGUGUGCUCAUGGCUCCUUGUGAGCCAGCUGUGAGAGCCGAAACCAGGCCCAGUCGAACGUUGCAGAUGCUGGAUCCUGGGUUGGCGUGAGUCAUGGAGACUUUUUCUUCUGGCUCCCUGGCCACCUCCAUCAUCCUAUGGAGCAGGCUGCCGGGGCUCUGGGUGAGGCACAGGAGUGUCCUGGUGCCAGAAUUUGGUUUGCAGUGUCCUCAGGGGAGAACCUCGCCAGGAGUAACUGCACGUCGAAGCCGUCCUCUCUCACACUGGUCUGGGAAUGGAGCACAAAGACUCGGCCAGGGCGUGCCUAGGAUUUGUAUUUUGGGAAUCUGCCUUCAAAGGUGGACGUCACAGAGAGGGAGUGAAUAGGGAGGGGAGUUAGGGACCCAGUCUGCCUGCAGCCUCCUGGGGACCAGCUUUCCUCCAGACCUUGAGUUGGUUGCGUUGGCGAUGCCUGGGUGAGUUCUAUAGUGCUCCCCAGUGGAGGAAGCAGCAGGUGUUCUGCACAUCUGGUGCAGUUCUUGUUGGAACCAGCAGCCAGCCAGAGCCACCAGAGGGGCUCCAGCCACCUGCAAGGGGAACUUGAACAAGACGUGGGCCAUGGCCAGGAGUGCCACAGGACAGAAACCGCCCCCCCCCCCAUUCCCUACAAUGCUUCAGGGUUGUAGAAAGAGCACAAUCAAAACCCACGUGGGCCGCAGACCCCUCUCCCCUCUCGUGGAUGCUGACCCCAAAGGGAUAGUAGUGCUGGUUGCUUAAUCUGCAGAGAAGCCUACAGAGUGUUUUAAAUCAGGAACUAAUCCUUUCUUAAAGAUCCAGUCAGUUGGUUGGUGUUGUGACAUGAGAAGCUGAAGGCUUUUAGAUUUUCGACGGGAUAAUUCUGUCACUUGGUAGAAUGCCAGGAACCUGUGUUAGUCAUGGCAGUAUGGCGUCCAUGGUAAGAGAUCUGUAGCUCCUGCCCGAGGCGCAUUAUUCAGUAACAUGUUGUCCUCUCUUCCUUAAAUUUGGAGGACAGAAAUGUGGAAACCCCUCUUGUAGCCCCAUAGGGCCGAAUCGGCGCAAGCAUUAAAGCCGCACGUGAAAGCAAUGUGUGCCUGGCAGCAGAGAAAGCUGGCGGCCCGCUCCCCGCACACUGCCUUUUCUGGUUUUAUUCUUCUGUUUUUGUUUCCCAAGACCUCCUUUCGACCAGGCACCUCUGCCCCAGGGAUCGGCCUGCACAGCCUCGGGCGGGUCAGACUCUUCAGCCGCAGGGCAGGUGGAAACCCCCUGCCGUCCCGUCGUCCCGUGUGUACGAGAGCCGAGGGCCACCGUCUCCACGGGAGCCAAAGCAGCCAGCUAGUGUGUUUGCUUUAGGCCGGAAGUGUUCCUUCUUGUAGGGUGUUUGUGUGUGGCUCAGCCUUCCUGGUUCCUUCCAGAAAACCCUCUUGUGAAUUACAAAGCUGGGAAAUGGGUUUGCCAAAAACCGUUGCCCUCUGUCCCAUGCUUACAGCCGUGUGCAUCCUCUGAUGAGCCCUGUCCGGUCUGGCACGCCCCCUCCCCGAGAGAAGGUCUCACCCAACCAUGUAAUUACCAUACGCUUGCUAUUAAAGAGCCUUCCAAACUCC